UAAACUAAGCGCAUCAUUCAUCACCUGUGGCGGCCUUACGGUAUCUCGAUGACUUUAUAACUCAGUGUCUUAUAUAUAAUUGUUUUGCAGGCAAUAAAUAAGAACCCUUACUUCUCACUUACAAGAGAGAACUCUAUUAGUCGCCUUAACAGCCUCAAGAUGCUUUGAGGCUGUAAGUUCUGUGCACUGACCUAGUACCUCUAAUUACUCUUCUCUCCUGCUACUUAUUUAUCGGGACGCAACGUAUCCGUUAUAUAAGCUAAACUAGCUACUCUUUAUCUUCUAAUCCACAUUAAGUCCUUUGGAUUAAGAGCUUCUGUGAACCUGUUCCAGAGAUACACUUAGUGGAAUGCGAACAAGCGUCUGAUGGACACUAAGUGUUCUUUUUAUGAUGGGUACUGCUGACGUAUAUGAUUAUAUUAUUUGCGGAGGAGGCACCACCGGUUGUGUCGUCGCGGGUCGGUUGGCGGAGGAUCCCAACGUCCGGAUUCUGGUUAUUGAAGCAGGUCAGCAUAACAAGGAUCUGGAAAAUGUGCAUAUGACGGGAGGAUGGUCGAAUAAUUUCGACUCGGAGACGGACUGGAACAUCGUCACGCCGUCGAUGAAGGGGAUCGAUAAUCGACAGGUUAAGCUAAGUCGUGGGCGGUUUUUAGGUGGUUGCUCAGGCUGCAAUGGCACUCUGUGCGUUCGAGGCAGUCCACAGGACUAUGACGACUGGGGUCUUGAAGGAUGGAGUGGGAAGGAGGUGUUCGCGGCUAUGAGAAAGUCAGAGACCUUCCAUCCGGGGGACUGGCACCAAGGCGAUGUAAACAGUCACGGAUACUCGGGUCCCUUACAUACCGAACCGCAUAAUCUGGCGCCCAUCGCUAACCUGUUCUUGGAUUCCUUCGUCUCGCAGGGCCUUCCGCUAUACCAUGAUAUGUUCAGCACGGGGGAGGUACCUCAUGGAUGUGGCCAUGUUGCGCGGACGGUGUAUAAAGGGAUCCGGUCGACGUCUGCCGAUUUCAUAACCAAGGAGUACCAUCGGGAAAAUAUCACCAUCCUCACUGAUACUACUGUCGAUCGCGUAAUUCUCGAGCAGCGUGCCGAUGGUUUACGGGCGAUAGGCGCAGUAGGUGUGUCCUCGGACGGCACGUCUCGGACCUUCAAUGCAAAGAGGGAGGUGAUUGUCUCAGGAGGCGCCUACUGCAGUCCGGCUAUUCUUAUGCGGUCUGGUAUAGGAGCACGUCAGGAGCUCAAUAACCGUGGGAUUCCAUGCGACGUUGACUUACCAGGUGUGGGAAAGAACCUGAUGGAUCAUCUGAUCGUGUUUAUGUUCUACGAGACCGAAAAGCCCGGAUUAACAACAGACCAUCAUGUCUACCACGACGACAACUUCAACAAGUCCUAUGCGCAAUGGAAGGAAAAUAAGUCCGGUUUCUUGUCUACUUUCCCCUUCGGCUCCUGCGCCUUCGCGCGACUCGAGGACCGGCUUAAAAACGAACCCUUGUGGAAGAACGCCCCGCGAGAACCCGGACGAGAUCCGAUGGGCUUGACGCCCAAACAACCGAACGUUGAAUUCAUCAGCACAGAAUGCUACGGCGGGCCGAAGCACUUCGACCAGUUCCCGAUCAACCACCAGUACGCUUUCUCGAUAGUCGCAGAACUUUUUGCCCCGAAGUCUCGCGGGACUGUGACAUUAAGGUCGAAAAAUCCCAUGGAGAACCCGGUCGUAGACUGCAAUUAUCUGGCCGACCCUAUGGACCUGCUGAUUCUCUCAGAGGCGUGUCGAUUUGGCAACGAGAUUGUGAUGCAGGGCGAGGGCACGAAGGGCAUUGUGAAAGGGUCAUGGCCUCCGAAUCUGUCGCAUCAUACGUACAAGACGCGCGAGGAAUGGGUCCCCUACGUCAAGCAGAAUGCCACAACCUGUUACCAUGCAUCUGGGACGUGUGCAAUGGGAAACAACGACAACCCUAUGGCGGUUCUGGACAACAAACUCCGCGUCAAAAGGGUUGCAGGUCUGCGGGUAGCAGACACGAGUGUGAUGCCAGUGCUUUGCGGCGGACAUACGCAGAUGGUGGCGUACGGGAUUGGGGAGCGCUGUGCAGAUUUUAUCAAGGAAACAUGGACAGGAAGUAAAAGCGAGUGUAUGAGCAGGGAGGAUAGGCAGGGGAGGCUUUUCACCCGGGCACGUCCCUAGGAGGCUGUGUUGCCAGAAUUGUGAUAUCUAUGCUUUACUGUACGUUCAUAGUAGGCAGAGAUGCCUUGCUGUGAAGGCUGAGAAGGCCCACUGUCCUCGACACGUCGACCAGGAAACUGUCUGACGGUUGUUGAAUGGACAGGUCUCAUCGCAGGCCCUGACCGACUCAACCUGUUGAUUCAGUACCAUUUUGUGGAUCAAGGAGAGUAAAA